GUCUAGAAAGGUAGAUGACCCAGCUGCACGUCUUCCAAAGCGAUCAAAAAACUCAGCAGUCGUUAUGUUUUCUCCGUUAGAUCAAUGAUGCUCCAAUCAACAAAUAUGGUUCUUGGCAAGACAUGUUUUUUCCUGUGUAAAUCAGUGGAAAUCAGGCUUCUAAAUGUAUUUACAUUAAGUAGAGCUAUAUUUCUGAGUGUCUCAAAUUCAUUCCGCUUCUCCGAGGAACUAAAGCGAGUAAUUGAUAGCUGAACUACUAAAUCAUGCGGAUCGGUAUUCGUACAUGGGCAGUCCUAUGUUGCUCAAUUGAGUCGUGAACUUUGUAUAGGAUCAUGUUUUAGUAACUUAACGGAACUAUACAUUAAAUAAAUUAGUG